CCUCGCGCGCCGCGCCAUGACGCGCCGUGCCAUGAACGUGGAGAGCGCUGGGCAGCGGCCCAUUGGCAACGAGGAGUUUCGCAGCGAAUGGCAACGAGCCGCUGAAGCUGCGCCAAGCAAAGUCUCGAAACAUGCUGCGCUGGCCGCGCUGGCCGAUGCACCCGACCUGGUGGUCCAGGAAGCUUGGGAUAGCAGCACUUUCCGCACCUCUGCUCCUGGUGGAGAUCUUUACACCCAGUGGCACCGGCUCUUCGCGCAUGGCACGUUGGGCGAUGGCCGUGGGGCGGUGGAGUUGCAUUGGAAGGAGGAAGAUGGCUACGGAUACAAGGUUCUGUGGCUCCGCGGGUGGCAAGGCUCCACUGUCCCGACGACCUUCAGCACUUCCAAAGUGAAGCGUGACUACCUUUGCACCAAUUCCGACUGCUGCCUGCAGUGA